AUGCCUAGGCAAAUUAAGCCCAAAAACAUUCGCAAUAUUCAAAAUAAAUUCAAUACACACGAAACCCAGGUCACUUUACCUGACAUUAAAAUUAGGUCUCCCUUCCUACCGUUUCUCACCGUUAAAGAGCUUUGUAGCCUCAAAAAUUUUCCUCCUCAUGAAAAUAAGCCAGGACAGUCACCUAAUGCGUUCAUCAUUUAUAAAAUGGAACUUCAUCGUGAGCUUAAAAAUGAAAAUUUUACUCUUUCUGAUUUUUCUAAACUAGUCAGUAAAAGGUGGAAGAGUGAACCAGAAUAUGUAAAAACUGCUUAUAGAAAUUUGGCUGAUGCUGUAAAAUGUGAAUACAGAAAGAAAUUUCCAUUUGUUUUCUUGCAAGAUGAUAAGAUUAGAAAACAUGUGACAGCCGAUCCUGUCGAUCCUGAUCUCAAUAUUGUUGAAGUUGAGUCGCCUAAACUUAAUCUUGUGAAUGGCGUUAAAGUUGAUCAUUUGAAUUAUUAUCUCAAUGUGGCUGAAGUUGAAUUGCUUAAGCUUGUAAAUCAUACAGUUCAGGUGGCUGGUGCUGUUAAAGAUUUGGAUUAUGAUUUUAAUGUGACUGAAGUUGGGUCAACUAAGCUUAAUGCUGUGGCUGGUGCUGUUAAAGUUGAUUGUAUGAAUCAUCGUUAUGAUUUCAAUGUGGCUGAAGUUGAGUCAGCUAAAAUUAGUCUUGUAAAUAAUACGAUUCAAAUGGGUAAAGAUAUUAAAAUAACUGAUGUCUAUACGUCUAUCGCUUGCCAAGCCGGAAAGAAUCAUAAACCUUAUACUAUCGAAGAAUUUUAUACUCCUAUGUAUGAUAUGUCUUCGAGCAAUCCUUUUGCGCACUUUUCAUAUAGUGAUUUCCAUACUCCUCCAUUUGAUUAUUCAUUCAAUGAUUAUGAUUUUUAUAAUGAUACACUUUUUUUCUGGGGUAAUCCUUCUUAUUCUCCUGAAAGCAGUCAUUGUUGCUAUCCCUUACCUCACAAAAACUCUUUUAAUCCCUAA